CUUGAGCAUGCGCGUUAGGUACAUCCAAUAUGGCGGCGCGCUUGUAAAAGUUUCUGCGAUUUUGACGGAUUUUCUUUGCCUUUUCUCACUAUUUUAAGCAGAAAUUCGAUAUAAAAAGAGGCUGCGCGUAUAGGAGGAGAUGGGGAAAGCAGAGAAGAAGACAAACAAGCAUCGAUCGCGUUCAAGAUCAAGAGAUAGAAGCAGGAAAGAGGAAAGAAGACGAUCACGAUCUCGAUCUAUUGAACGUAAAGGAAAAAAGAAGGACAGACAUCGAUCCAGAUCACGAUCUCCUUCACCCAGCGAAGACAGAAGACAGAGGCGAUCCAGAUCAAGGGAGGACAGAUCCCGAGAUAAAAGUGGAUCGAAACGUCGGGGAAGAUCAAGGUCCAGAUCCAAGGAUGCCACAAAGAAGAAACACAAAAGAAAAUCAAGGUCAAGAUCAGACAGCCGAGGUCGCAGGUCCAGUCCGUCUGGAGGUUCAUCAGAGGAGUCAGGAAGUGACUCAGACUCCUCCUCAGCAGACGCACGGAUAGAGAGGAGGAGGAGAGAGAUGCAGCAGGACAAAGAGAAAACAAAAGAGGAGAAGAAAAAGCAGAAGGAGCUGAUGAAGUUGUAUGAGACCCCAGAAGAGAAGAGAGCCAGGCGAAUGGCCAAGAAGGAAGCAAAGGCGAGAAAGGCUCGUGAGAAUAUGGGAUGGGACCAGGAGUACAUGGGAUACACCAACACUGACAACCCGUUUGGGGAUGCCAAUCUACUGGACACAUUUGUGUGGUCCAAGAAACAUGAGAAGGAAGGCACAGCACACUUAUUAAAGGAAGAGCAAGAAAGGAUACAGAAAAGGAAGCAACUUGAAAUGAAGAAUGAGUUGGUGAAAGUGAAGCAGGCCCGACUAGAGAGGGAGCGAGAGAGACAGCAGAGGGAGGAGGAGAUGGAAGCCAUGCAGAGAGCGAAGGAGGCAGAGUACUACAAGGAGUGGGAACAGCAGGAGGACAAUUUCCAUCUGCACCAAGCCAAGCUGAGGUCCAAGAUCAGAAUCCAAGAUGGCCGAGCCAAGCCCAUUGACUUACUGGCCAAGUACAUCAGUGCAGAGGAUGAUGACAUUGCUGUGGAGAUGCAUGAGCCGUAUACAUUCCUUACUGGCCUGACCAUGACAGACCUGGAGGACUUAGUAGAAGACAUCAAAGUGUACAUGGAACUGGAGCAGGGGAAGAACGCAGACUUCUGGAAGGACAUGACUGUUAUUGCUGAAGAUGAACUCAACAAACUCAAGAAGCUGGAGCAAACGCAAAGAGGUGAAUCUGGAGUGGACAGAAGAGAAGGUAUCAACGUCUCUGUCACCACAGAUGUUGUCAACAUCUUCCAUGGAAAAACUUUCGGUCAGCUUGUGGCCCUUCAACAACAGAUUAUGAAGAGAAUCAAGUCUGGAGAUGCAGUGGACAUUGGGUACUGGGAGUCACUCCUACAGCAGCUCAAGGCACACAUGGCCAGGGCCAGGCUCAGGGACAGACACCAGGAAACACUGCGCAGAAAACUCUUCCAACUCAAACAGGAGCAAGGAGUUGAAAGCCAGCCACUGUUCCCCAUCACUGUGAAACAAGAGGAAGAUUCAGAGGAGGAGGAGGAGGAGAUGGAGGCUGGAACAUCAGGAGAUGUGACAUCCUCCCAACCAGAACAGGAACCAGAACCUCAGCCUGGACCAAGUUCUGCACCAGAUGGAGAUACAGAAGAAAAGGAAGAGGGGAAAACUGAAGAAGAAACCAAGGAGUCUGAUGCAGUGCUGACUGAAGAAGAUCUUAUGGAACAAAGUUAUGAUGACUACAAUGCAGGGAGAUACAGUCCCAAGCGCUUGAGAACUCGGGACCUGCCCCCAGACUGUUUAGUGUUCGACCCUGCAGAUGACCUGAGAAGACUGGAGAUUGCCAGAAGGAAGGUGGCUGCCAGCGGCACAGCAGAGGAGGAGACAGAGGAUGACCAGUUGAUGAAGAAAGCGAGGGAAGGGAUGACCAGUGACGAGGCCACCUUCAGUGUGGAGGUACCGCUUCAACAGAAGGUCUACCUGUGGUCCGACAAGUACCGACCACGUAAACCACGCUUCUUCAACAGGGUUCACACGGGUUUUGAGUGGAACAAGUAUAACCAGACACAUUACGACUUUGACAACCCACCUCCAAAGAUUGUGCAAGGAUACAAGUUCAAUAUCUUCUACCCUGACCUGAUAGACAAGACUCAGACACCAGAGUACACACUGACUCCAGAGGAAGGCAAGAAGGACUUUGCCUCUCUCAGGUUCCAUGCAGGGCCUCCAUAUGAGGACAUUGCCUUCAGGAUUGUGAACCGAGAGUGGGAGUACUCGCACAGACACGGCUUCCGCUGCCAGUUCAGCAACGGGAUCUUCCAACUGUGGUUCCACUUCAAGAGAUACAGAUACAGGAGAUAGGCAGACAAGUGACAUCACUGCUGCACUGAUUCAUGAUUGGAUGGCCUUCAUAAUCUUUUAUUAUGGAGCAGUAGGGCUGUGGACUGGUACCCAUAUGUAAAAUAGUCAACAAACUAAAACACUAUAGGAUAGCAUUUCUUAAGAUAGGUAAAUCCUGUCUCAAAGAUGACAAUUUUGACCAUUUAUCACUUGAAAAUGCUCUUAAGAAUAUGUAAAUGCUCGUACUAUUUUGUCAAAUCAGUUGGUAACCUUUUCUGUUGUGCUAUGUACUAUGUAAUCAGCCACGUGUUCAGGUGCAAAGGAUGGUGUCCUACCUGCAAAAUGACAAAUUCUCAUAUAUUUGUAAAGCUGUGACAGAUAAUAAAACAAGGUUUCUGGUUUGCUAUUAAUUUGUGUGUAUUUACCAGUAGCUAUAAU